AUGGUUGAAUACUACUUCACCGAGGAGAACGUCACCACGUCUGAUUUUGCUGAAAAGAGUAAAAUGGUUCUAGAAUCUUUUCUGUCCAGAAUUGGUGAUAUAGCUAUCAAAUUUAAAUCACCACUAACUGUUUACUUACAUAACCUCAGUAGAUUCGAUGGGCUUUUAUUGCUAGACUACAUGAGAAAAAGUUGGGGAAAGAGGGGUAAUGUUAAAAUGAUGGAUAGAAACCACCAUAUCUACGAGAUAAAAGUCCGCGCGUCGGGGAGGCGGGUUUUAUUCCGCUUCAAAGACUCAAUGCUGAUGCUCAAGGGUUCGCUUGAUUCACUUUCAAAGAAUCUAUGCCCCGAACUUGGGUAUAAGGGUUCUAUUGAUUCUUUGAAAGUGAAUCAAGACACUCUCAGCAAUAUGAAGGAGGACUUGCGAAAAUAUCUUAAGCAGGACGUCCUUCUCCUAGGGGGUGUCAUGCAAAAACUGCAAGGGUUAAUUUGGGAUGAGUACGGGGUGGACAUAGAAUGUAAGCUCACCCUUCCAUCAUUUGCAAUGCUCCUCUUUCGUAUGAAGUUCUUGGAUGCCGAUAAAUGGCACAUCUACAAAGCUAGCGGGGACGAAGACACCUUUAUAAGAAGUGGUUACUACGGUGGUCAUGUGGAUAUCUUCAUACCGUUUGGUAAAAACCUAUACUACUACGACCUAAACUCUCUCUAUCCCUUUGUGAUGAGAGAUAGCCCCAUGCCCGUUGGGACUCCUGUCUGGCAUAGUAAUUUGAGUGAGAUGGACUUAGAUAGCAUCUUUGGAUUUCUCGAGGCCGUUGUGAACUGCCCCCGGAAUAUCAAGAGGCCCUUUCUUCCUUUUCGAAAGAGAAAAGAUAGUACUCUGAUCUUCCCGACUGGUAAGUUUAGAGGGGUUUACUUUAGCGAGGAGUUAAAGUAUGCUAGAACCCUGGGGUACACUGUAGUCCCAAUCGAGGGAUACCUCUUUGAGAAGAGCGAGGGAAGCCCUCUUGAAGACUAUGUUAGGUCCCUCUCGGAGAAUAGGAUAAUAGCUAAGCAAAAAGGGAAUACUGCGAUGUCUUAUAUAUAUAAACUUCUUAUGAAUUCUCUCUAUGGAAGAUUCGGUAUAAGUCCAGAAUGCACAACUAGCGAGAUCUGCGACGAUGCUCAACGCAAGUAUUUGGUUGAUAAUUGUGAUAAGUUAUUAUACAGCGAAGCCUUUGACGAAAACCUCUUCAUAGUCGGCUACCGUAUCAAUGCAUACUCGACAAAAGAGAAAUGGCGCCCCUUGCCGAACUCAGCGGUCCAGAUCUCGGCAGCUGUAACUGCCUACGCAAGGAUACUUCUGUACCCCCAUAUCUCGAGAGAUGAUUGUUAUUACACGGACACGGACUCCGUUGUGCUUGGUCAACCACUCCCAUACGAUGAAGGUUCUUCUUCUGAAAUAGGGAAAUUGAAGCUCGAAGACCGAAUCGAGAAAGAGUGGUUUGAGUCCCAGUACGUCGACCCAUCUCGAAAACUCAAUGUAAAUGUGGAUAACAACUUCGCGCUUGAUUGGAGGUCUUUCGCCGUCCAGAAGAAAACUACAACAUACAAGCUCGGGAUUAACCCUGAGGCUAAGAGAGAUUUAAUAUAUGAUGAUAAGGGUUUAUGGGUUGAUACAAGUCCUAUUCAUGUUGAGCUUGAUGAUGAUACAGCCCUAGGUGAUGGUAAAUCUAGACAAAUAGUCCAAGCCUUAAUGGAUAAUAUAAAUGACUUAAUGGAUCAGAUAAAUAAAUUGAAUAGAAAACUAUUGGAUAUAAAAGAAGAAAGAGAGAUGACAAAGCAGGAAGAAGGAAGAGAAAUCACUAAUAAAGGAAGCGGGAUGACAAAGGUUGAAGAAGAAAGAGAGAUUCCAAUGCAGGAAUUCUAA